AUGUCUGUGCGAUUUCUGUUCCUGAUCUUGUUGCCACUUGCAGUUACAAUGGAACAAGAAUACACGAACGUGGCGAUUCCUUUUCCCUUGCUGUAUGGAGGUAAGCUUAUAGUGCUAUAUAUUGUUUUUUAAUUUUUCCAUGUCAUUUCUGCAACGAUUUUAUGUUACCUGUAAACGUACUUCUUUGCCCUGAUAAAUAUUCUUUUUGUUGUAGAUGUUUGCCCUUUGAUAAAAAAUAUUUUGUCUGAAGCGACGUAUGAUUUCCAGAAUCAUUGUGCCAUGAAGUGUUUGCAAUAUCCAUUCUGUGCUGGAUACAAUUUUAAGAAAAAGCACCAGAAGAAGACUCCGAACUGCCAGUUAACACACACGCUGGAUCACAACUUUCAUGAUUGCAACGCUGAUGACAAAGGCUGGAUAUUUUAUCAUCCCGUUGCUCCAAGAAAGGUACGAAACUGCAGUAAAUAUCUACUUAAUAAACCUUGCCUGAAUUAG